AUGGACCGGACCGGCGAUGUCCACGCUGCUCAAGACGUCAAGGACGAGGUCUUGAGCCACGUCGAAGACACGGGCAACGACUAUGCCCGCAACGUCAAUGCCAAGAUUUGGAACCCGCUCAUGGGCAUCUCCAAGGACAACUUGAGGUCCCAAGUCAAUGCAUUCUGCGGCGAAUAUGGCUUCACCGACAAGCAGGAUAUCUUUUUCCGCGGCGCCUUGGCUGCGCAAAACCCGCACCCAGACACAAUCGCCUCCAUUCCAGAGUUCACCGAUGAUGACCGCUACUGGCUGCAGCGCGAGAUCACGCACCGGUGGCACCUGCCUAGGGCACUCUACUUCACCGUCGCCCUCUGCUCCUUGGGCUCGGCCAUCCAGGGCUGGGACAACACGGGAGCCAACGGCGCCAAUCUCUCGUUCCCGCAAGAGUUUGGCAUCGAGCAUAACGGCUGGCUGAUUGGCGUCAUCAAUUCGGGUCCUACCCUCUUCGGUCUUUUGAGCGCGUGGGCCGCCGAUCCCGUAAACAACCUCCUCGGCCGCCGCGGCACCGUCUUUGUUACGGGUCUCUUCUGCAUCUUCCCCGUCCUCGCCCAAGCCUUCACCCAGAACUGGCAAGGCCUUCUCAUCUGCCGCCUAUUCAUGGGAUUAGGGAUGGGCAUCAAAAUUUCGACCAUACCCGUGUUCUCGGCCGAGGUGGCCCCUGCGAGCAUUCGUGGGGGCCUCGUGACAAGCUUCCAAAUGUGGGUGUCGUUCGGGAUGUUUGUUGGCUAUUGCUUCAACCUGGCGUUCUUCCGCGUUGGCCGCUUGGCCUGGCGCUUCCAGCUGGCUGCUGCCUUUGCUCCGGCUAUCCCUGUCUGCAUCUUUGUCUGGUUCUGCCCAGAGUCUCCACGCUGGCUCAUGAAGAAGGGCCGGUACCCUGAGUCGUUUAAAGCCUUCUGCCGCCUGCGCAACACCGAGAUGCAAGCGGCCAGAGACUUGUAUUACGCCCACUGCCAAGUCAUGGAGGAGCGCGACGCCUUUGCCGGCGUGAGCUUCUUUCACCGUGCGUGGGAGCUCUUUACGGUCCCUCGCCUGCGCCGUGCUGUCGUCGCCAGCUCCUGGAUUGUCAUCAGCCAGCAGUUCUCUGGUAUCAACAUCAUGGCUUUUUAUAGCUCCACAAUCUUCGCAGAGGCUGGCUACUCGACGCUCAACUGCCUGCUCGCCUCCAUGGGCUUCGGCAUCGUGCUCUUCGUCUUUGCUUUCCCGGCCGUCUACACUAUGGAUACGUUUGGUCGCCGCAAUUUGCUACUUGUCACGUUCCCGAACAUGGCAUGGUGUCUUCUGGCGGCCGGACUCUGCUUCCUCAUGCCGGAGAGCUCGGGGGCACGAAUUCCCUUGAUUGCCUUUUUCAUCUAUCUCUUCACUGCAUUCUACGGCCCGGGAAUUGGACCGCUGCCUUCCAUCUAUUUCUCUGAAGCCUUCCCCCUGUCUCACCGAGAACUUGGCGCCGGUUUCACUAUUUGCGUCAACAAUGCUGUCGGCAGCGCCCUCGGCCUCACAUUCCCAUCGCUCCUUGCCAAUCUGGGUGCGACUGGUGCCUUUGGCCUCUACGCUGGCCUGAACAUGUUGGCCUUUUUCGUCAUCUUCUUCAUUAUCCCCGAGACCAUGAAACGCACACUCGAAGAGCUCGACUACAUCUUUGGCGUACCUACGAGGCGGCACAUUUCUUACCAGGUGGGCACUUGGCUGCCGUGGUUCAUUAAGCGAUACGUUUUCUUCCAGCACGGCGCCAAGCUGGAGCCGCUGUACAAGCUCGACGGCUCGGGCGCGCAGUAG